AUGACCCAUAAUGAAGAGCAGAUGUUAGUGCGACUCGAACAAAUGAAGCGAGAAUUAAACGCACCACAGCAAUACUCAGCGCGCCUGCUGGAGAUGCAGUCUCAAGCACGGUCCAUGAAACAGUGGGUGCGACAGAAUGCCACACCG